AUGGUAACUGGCUUGGCUUGCCUUGAGCUGAGUCGCUAUAGCAAUGGGGGCGGAGCCAACUGCCACUUGGCAGCGCAGCUUUUUGAAAGCUAUCCGUCUGUAGCCGGAGAGUUACAGAAGAAGACUGAUCUAGACCAGCUCGCUAUCAUUCUCAUAUAUCCCUCUCCCGAUGAUUACUGGGAUCGUCCUCCCAGUACUGGGUUCGUCUGUAAUAUCAGUUACGUGCUGGAUGUUCGAAACACCUCCGGAAAAGGGAAUGACGCAAGGCCUGAGAGGAAAUGCCUGGCGUGUGGACAGAACUUCACUCAUAGUUCAGGUCUACGAUCACAUCAAAGGAUUCACACUGGGGAGAAACCCUAUAAGUGCCUGGAGUGUGGACAGAGCUUCACUCGUAGUUCACAUCUACGAUCACAUCAAAGGACUCACACUGGGGAGAAACCCUAUAAAUGCCUAGAGUGUGGACAGAGCUUCACUCAGAGUGGACAUUUACGUUCACAUCAAAGGACUCAUACUGGGGAGAAACCCUAUAAAUGCCUUGAAUGUGGACAGAGCUUCACUCAUAGUUCAGGUCUACAAUCACAUCAAAGGACUCACACUGGGGAGAAGCCCUAUAACUGCCUGGAGUGUGAAAAGAGUUUCGCUCGGAGGGGAACUCUACGUUCACAUCAAAGGACUCACACUGGAGAGAAACCCUAUGACUGCCUAGAGUGUGGACAGAGCUUCACUGAGAGUGGACGUCUACGUAAACAUCAAAGGAUUCACACUGGGGAGAAACCCUUUAAAUGCCUGGAGUGCGGACAGAGCUUCACUGAGAGUGGAAAUCUACGUUCACAUCAAAGGACUCACACUGGGGAGAAACCGUAUAAAUGCCUUGAAUGUGGACAGAGCUUCACUCAUAGUGGAAGUCUACGUAAACAUCAAAGGACUCACACUGGGGAGAAACCCUAUAAAUGCCUGGAGUGUGGACAGAGCUUCACUGAGAGUGGAAAUCUAUGUAACCAUCAAAGAACUCACACAGUGGAAAAACCCUUCAAAUGCCUGGAGUGUGCACAGAGCUUCACGUGUAGUUCAGUUCUACGUUCACAUCAAAGGACUCACACUGGGGAGAAACCCUUGAAAUGCUUGGAGUGUGGGCAGAGUUUUGCUGAGCGUGUAAGUCUAUGUAACCAUCAAAUAACUCAUACUGGGGAGAAACCCUAUAAGUGCCUGGAGUGUGGACAGAGCUUCAUUUGGAGUUCACAUCUACGAUUACAUCAAAGGACUCACACUGGGGAGAAACCCUAUAAAUGCCUAGAGUGUGGACAGAGCUUCACUCGGAGAGGAAGUCUACGUUCACAUCAAAGGAUUCACACUGGGGAGAAACCCUAUGAAUGCUUGGAAUGUGGAAGGAGCUUCACUGAGAGUGGAAGUCUACAUAAACAUCAAAGGACUCACACUGGAGAGAAACCCUAUGAAUGCUUGGAAUGUGGAAAGAGCUUCAAUGCGAGUGGAAAUCUACAUAAACAUCAAAGGACUCACACUGGGGAGAAACCCUAUAACUGCCUGGAGAGUGAAAAGAGUUUCGCUCAGAGUGGAAAUCUACGUUCACAUCAAAGGACUCACACUGCGGAGAGACCCUAUGAAUGCUUGGAGUGUGGACAGAGCUUUACUCAGAGUGCACAUCUACGUUCACAUAAAUUACUCACGCUGGGGAGAAGCCCUAUAAAGACAUAGCAUAGAACCAUAGCAUUAAAGAGUUGGAAGAGUCCACAUGGGCCAUCUAAUCUAACCCUGUUGUGCUUUUAUAUGAUUUUGUGGCUUUAACUAAAAUUGUUUUUGGUUAAAUAUUCAUGAUGUUUAAUACUGUUUGUAUAGAUGUAUAUUUGAAGUUAUAUUGCAAUGCUUUUAAUUCGUGAUGCUUUGAGUCUCCAUAUAGAGAGAAAAAGUGGACAUAAAUAAACAUAAUGAUGA